GAACUAUUGGCUAUCAUUCAUAUAGUGAACUUGCGUCAGAUAACUUUGCCGAGUGGAACAAGCUCCUCAGAGUUGUUUUGUCUUGUCUUGUCUUAGCCAUCAUCGAAACUUAAACUACUAUCUAUAGUUACGAUAUUUCAAAAACAACAGCACACAAAAUUAAUAUCUGUGAAAAUAUGUUAUUCGUUGUAUUUGUAGCAGUUCUAUUGGGACUUUGUCACGGUGAUGUUUCACAUCUAGACACUGAUCUGCGAGAUGAUGGCUACCAUUAUAAACAACCUUCGCAGCCGUUCCCAGCACCAUCAGGCGGCAAUGGAGUGGCAGCUGAUGAGCAGCAGCAACCUCCCAUCAAGCCAAUGCCCAUGCGACCUCGGCCGAUGCCUUCAAGGCCUACUCAAAUAACACCGGAAUAUCUACCUCCAGAUGCGGAACAGCCAAAACCACAACCAUCACCCCAGCCACAGCCACAACCACGACCACAACCACGACCACAACCACAACCAUCACCCCAGCCACAGCCCCAGUCUCCCCAACCUGAAGAACCUGAAACCCAGCCACCAUAUGAAUACGGUCCCCCACCAACUGCACCUAAACCACAGCCCAGUCUCCCGCCUGCUCCAUCACCAGAUAGUCCAAAAGUCGAAUAUGGUCCACCACCAUCGGCUCCAUCACCACGACCCACACCAGCCCAAACACCACAACCCAGCCCACCAGAGCCAAUGAGAGAAUAUCUGCCACCCAGCGAAAAUGAAGUUAAUCCAGAACCCUCAGGUCCAGCAGCGCAAGCACCGGAGCCAACAGCUCCCGAACAGCCUCCUCAGUCAACAUACCUAUCACCCGAACCCACCAUUUCUCAACCAGACACCCCUGGACCUACAUAUCCAGAGCCCCAAUCAACUUACCAGUCACCUCAACCAACCUAUCCCGGCCCUGAAACUAGCAACGUCGAACCGCAACCAACAUAUCCUUCGCCUCAACCCUCGUAUCCAGCUCCAAGUGCACCCUCACAACCAGAGCCCGAGCCCGAACCAGCACAUGAUCUGGGACCUGACGGCUAUAAAUACAAGGUACCCUCGAAGACGUUUAAAUACUAAGAUUGAUUCAUCAAAACGUAGCUUGAAUUGUAUUUCUUAUUCUUAAUCUUAAGUUCAAACUAGAAAUGUGUAUCAAAUGCCAAAUACAAAAAUAUGAAAAUCUACUUAUAAAUCAAUUAAAUUACAAAAAUAUCCAUAAUAAUA